CCAAAAUCACAUUUUGUUAAAACAGACGCAAGUUAUUAUGUAAAAGAUUCUGUUAUCUAAUUAGUCAGUUUAAUUUAUAAAAAUUAUAAAAAGAUGAGCGAUCAGAAAGACGGUCUAAAAUUUCCUGACAUAGCUCCGAUUGAUCACCCAAGGCAUUGUCAACAGUAUACUAACGUUUUAACUCGAGAUGAAGACGACCCCAUUCAAGUUGAAGAAAUCGACGGUUUACAAAUCGAUCUCGAAACUUUGCUUGCUGCUGCCACCCGCAGGAUGAGAUUGCUCCAAGCCGAGAUUCUUGUUUUGUCUGAUAUGAAUGACAACAAAAAGGAUAAAAAAAUUCAUAAAUUGAAAGAUACUGAUUUGAAACGUUCACGUCAUUCUGAGGAUAAACCAGCCAAGAAACUCAAGUCCUCAGACUCUCCUUCUCAAUCAAGAUACAACAUCGUUCCCACUACACCUGGAUCCAGUAGUAAUACUGCUGGGGUGGUUAGAAUCAAAGUUAAAGAGUUGCCGCCAAAGGUAUCUGAAUACGAGUAUGAAUACGAAGAGCAACAGAUGGUCCAACCACCCAGGGUCCCAAUAAAUGACACACCAAGUCGAUUUUGGAAGUCAAUUGAACCAUAUUGUUCACCAAUCAACCAUGAGUCUGUGAGAUUGCUGGAGGAAAUGAUUAAACAAGAUGAUGACAACGAUUACUACAAUGUACCUGCUUUGGGCACUCACUUUAGCCAGCGGUGGGCGAUAGAGGACAUGAAAGAGGAACAAAGUGAAGGAAACCGAGCAAACGUGAAAACUCAUGAAAAACCAGAAUCAAACGUUGAAGCUGUUCUAAAAAAAGCAAACCAGUUCAUGGAACAAAGUCAUUCAGAGCCAUUUGGAUCACUUACUAAGAGAUUAAUAUCAGCAUUUGUUGAUGAGAAUAUCAUGGCACCUCCUGAUCAUGAAUCAAUGUUAGAUUCAGUACGAUCAUUAGACGCAACUGAAGGUGGAAAUUAUUCCAAACCAAUGAAAUCUCUCCCCCCAAUACCACAUGCUCAUAAGUUAGAAUCAAGAAUCAGAAUGGAGUUAAUUGAGCAAGGAAUACUUGAAGCUGAUGCAGCAGAUUCGAAGAAAGAAGAUGAGAUCCUCACUGAGCUGAUGAGGUGUCAACAUGAGUUAAAAGUUGUGAGCAAUCGGAACAAAGAUGUUCUUAACCAACUACUACUGGCUGCUAAGGAAGAAUUAAAGAAACAGGAAAUACAAAAGAAGAUUGAAUCUGCUAAUACUGAAGUUAUGGAACACUACAGAAGGGUAAUGGCUGCUCGUCAAAAGAAGAGAAGUCUCUUAAAGAAAGAGAAAGACCUUGCAUGGAAAGCUCUUCGUGAUCGUGAUGUGCUCAUUAAACAACUUAAUGAAUGAUUCAUGAAAUCUUUCCUAUGAAUAUAAAAUUAUCAUCACAAUUCUAUGUUGCUGCAGGACAGUGUUGGAAGUGAAGACUUUUCUCUGUGACUCAAUGACUCAAUCCCUUUUCAAAAAUACUUUGUUUCUAUUUAAUUUCCUUGAAACUCCACCCAUCAUUUUACACACACUGCAAUAUCUUUUGCUUUAUUUAGAUAUUGGACCAUUUGCAUUUAAUUCAGUUUUAUGUUACCAUGUUGACAAUUUUGAUUCAUCCUGUUAUAGGUUUUAUUUUAUGUGGAUUUAGACACACUCAGCAAAUGCAAAAAUAUUGACUGAAACACAAUAUUUUGUCCAACUGUUCUUAAAUUUUGAAUUUCAAAACCUUUUUUUUCUCCAGA